AACUACUCUUUCUUUCAACAACCAAUUCAUACUCUUCAAACUCUCUUCUCUCUCUCUAACUUCCUACAACCAAUUCUUGAACUAUUUUAGACCUCUUUUUCCUUUCUCAUAAAAAAAACAAAACAUAAAAGAAAAUGGAAGGUAGCAGCAGCAUAGAUGAGAGCACAACUAGUGACUCUCUAUCCAUUGCUCCGGCAAUAUCCACGUCGACUUUACCGGUGAUGAAGUCGCCGGAAAGUCUUUGCCGAAUGGGAAGUGGAACAAGUGUGAUAAUAGAUGCUGAAAAUGGAGUUGAAGCUGAAUCAAGAAAACUCCCAUCUUCAAGGUACAAAGGUGUGGUCCCACAACCAAAUGGUCGAUGGGGCGCACAAAUCUAUGAAAAACAUCAGCGAGUUUGGUUAGGUACCUUCAACGAAGAAAAUGAAGCUGCUAGGGCUUAUGACGUCGCGGCCCAACGUUUCCGUGGCCGCGACGCCGUCACAAAUUUCAAGCCCUUGCUUGAAAAUGAAGAAAAUGAUGAUAUGGAAAUUGCUUUCUUGAAUUCUCAUUCAAAAGCUGAAAUUGUUGAUAUGCUUCGUAAACAUACAUAUAUUGAUGAGCUUGAACAAAGCAAGAAAAAUUAUGGAUUUAGUAAAGAUGGUAAAAGAACAUAUUGUACUAAAGAUGGGCUAAUGAGUUCAUUUUUUAGUAGUGUUGACAAAGUCAACAAAGCGCGUGAACAACUCUUUGAAAAAGCUGUUACACCAAGUGAUGUUGGAAAACUUAAUAGGCUUGUUAUACCAAAACAACAUGCUGAAAAACAUUUCCCUUUACAAAAUGGAAAUACAUCAAAAGGGGUUUUGUUAAAUUUUGAAGAUUUGAAUGGGAAAGUUUGGAGAUUUAGAUAUUCCUAUUGGAAUAGUAGCCAAAGUUAUGUGUUGACAAAAGGAUGGAGUCGCUUUGUUAAGGAGAAAAAUUUGAAGGCUGGCGAUAUCGUGAGCUUUCAGCGAUCCACAGGCGAAGAUAAGCAAUUGUACAUUGAUUUUAAGGCGAGAAAUGCAACACCCACAAUUAGUCCUACAGUUGCUAGUCAAGUUCAAGUUCAGGUGCAAGUUCCUCAGGUACAAAUGGUGAGAUUAUUUGGAGUUAACAUAUGCAAAGUACCAGCUGUAAAUAAUGUUGUUAUUAAUAAUAAUAAUAACAACAAUAAUGAUAAUAAUAUGACUAGUUGCAGUGGUGGCAAAAGGAGGAUAGAGAUGGAGUUGUUGACAUUUGAGUCAUGUAGAAAGAAACAAAGGGUUAUAAUUAAUGCCUUGUAACAUGUAAUAGUAACUUUUCCCUUUUUGUUUUAUUUGUGCUUUUCAAGUUUUAUUUUAGAAGUUGCAAAGAAACUUUCAGUUGUAUAUUAGUAUUAGAGAAGAAGAAAUUAGCUCAAAAGUGAGCUAACUUAGGUGAUGUGAAAACAAAGAAAUGUGAAUCACUUCUUUUCAAAAAUUGAGUUCUUGUUUAUUUUUUA